AUGAUGUAUGAUAGAUUAGGGUUUAUGUUGGUUGGUUGUUUGGAUGUUUUAGGUGUUGAUUUUGAGUUAUCAAUGGCACGUAAUGUAUCAUACAUGCUUAAUUUGUAUCAUACAAUGAGGAUGGUGAAUCACCAUGACGUCGAGGUCCUGUUUGGUAUUCGGGUGGAUGGUGACCCGGUGUACGGGAUGACACCUAGCGGGAACCCCACGAGUCGGGCAGAGUCUAUGUCUGGUAAUUAUGAACCUCAAGGAUACGAGACUUCUUCGAGCUGCGUGAAAUUAUAUGGUGAAGUAUUGAACAACAUUCGCGUGAGUACCGACAGGUUUAGAGAAAAACGAGAAGAUGAGAAUCUCCUAGACGAAGAACUCGACAAGCAUUUGGACGAUAUGAUCAAUCAAACACAUGCUGCUUUAACCUUGGGCGCAAAUGAUGAGAUGGAGGUGGAAGAUACCCAAAUCCUGGUUGAUGAAGAUCCAUCUUUGCCCUCACAACCUCCGCCGGGUAAAAAAGCGAAACCGUGGUCGAGAGAUAAGAUUGGAGGAGGAAGAAAGAGGAAGGUCACAAUCCCCCCUCGGACAGCGCAACAACAAACUGAGGGUCAACAAAAUAAGGAUCAAGCACAUUCUUCUCGAGGCUCGCGCAUCCAGGUCGAGACUCAUUUAGAAGACGCUGGUGGACCCGAGACUCAGUUUGACCUUGGUGGACCCGAGACUCAGUUUGGUGGACAGUCGCAACCACAACUGGGAGUCAAAUUUCUCACAAUGGGGGAGUCCCAAUCCCAAUCCCAACUCGAGGCUCAGUUUGGUGGACAGUGGCAACCACAACAGAGUUCAAUACUCACGUAUCUUAAGAGGGGAGACAGGAUCCGGCAGGGCCCAAACAAAUACACUCCGAAUGCGCACAAUAAAGGAAAAGGGAAAAAAUGA